AUGGCUCAGAACGAUGCCGCGGCAGCUCCAGUGGCGAGGAGGAGCUCCGUUGGUCAGAGGAGAGGAGGCGGUGGCAGCUCUGUUUGGGCAGAGGAGAGGAGGCGUUGGCAGCUCCGUUGGUCAGAGGAGAAGGCUUCUGAACACGUUCUGUUCUGUUUGGUCAUGGAAACCAACACUAAUGAACCCUCUGUCCAAACACCAGCUGCUACAGAAAAUGAUGGUGCUAUUCCCACCCAAGUUGAAGAUUCUGCUGCUACCCAAGCUGAAGCAGCUGCUGCUUCUGAGUUGCCCCCAGUUCCACCAUGCCAAGUGAGUAUGACAGCUCCUGUUAGUGGUGGUUGUAGUGGUAGGAAAAAGUCUGUUGUUUGGGGUCACUUUGAAAAAGUAAAGAUAGGUGAGGGUGAUACUAGUAAAACUAAGGCUAUCUGUAAUUAUUGUCAAAAAUCUUAUAAUGCUGAUAGUAAGAGUUGUGGUACUAGUAAUUUGUUAGCUCAUGUGCCAAUAUGUCCUAAGAACCCUAAUAGAGAAGAUGUAGUUAGAGGGCAGAAAACAUUAGCUUUUGUACCCAAAAAGGAUGGAGAAGACGGAUUCCACCUUGUGUCAACAUCCUUUUCUGUUGAGGCUUCUAGAAAGGCAUUGGCCGAAAUGGUUAUAAUUGAUGAGUUGCCUUUUAGGUAUGUCGAGGGGUAUGGGUUUAAGAAAUUUGUAAGUACCUUACAACCUAAGCUUAGAUUAAAGGAUAUCCCAUCUCGUCAAACUGUGGCUAGGGAUGUGAUUGGCAUUUAUAAUAGUGAGAGAGAGAAGCUAAGGAAAUCCUUGAAGGGUUGUAGGGUGUGUCUCACUACGGACACAUGGACUUCUAUUCAAAAUUUAAAUUAUAUGUGUCUGACUUGUCACUUUAUUGAUGAUGCUUGGAAAUUGCAUAAGAGAAUUCUAAAUUUUUGUCAAGUUGAAGACCACAAGGGGGAGACUAUAGGUAGAAAGAUUGAGAUGUCAUUGCGUGAGUGGGGUAUUGAUGGGAUAUUCACCUUGACGGUGGAUAAUGCUAGUUCAAAUUUAACAACAAUUAAAUUUUUGCAAAGGGUGACUAAAGAUUGGAAUGGGGCAGUUUUAGGAAAUUAG